AUGUGGCCCCUCGCGCAGCUCGUCGCUGUGCUCGUGCUCGUAUGGCAUGCGCUCCUGCCGGUCCGCGACUUUGCGGCGUAUGUGCCGGCGACGCUGCGCCCCGGCAUGUCGCUCAUGGCGGCGAGCCGCCUGCCGGACGCGCUGCGGCCCGUGCACUACGACCUCUCGAUCUUCUCCGACCUGCAAGACCUGCAGUUCCAGGGCACCGUGAACAUUACGCUGGAUGUGCUCGCCGACACGAGCCUGAUCCAGUUUCAUGCGGGGCGCAAUAUGCGCCUGAGCCAGGUGUAUGUGUCGACGGCGUCGGGGGCCCACCUGCUGCACCCGAUCGUGCGUGUCCUGCUUCCCCGCGCCGUGCGUGAGGGCGAGCGCCUGUGUGUGGUUGUAGGGUACCGCGCGCACAUCGACAACAGCAUGCGCGGCUACUACUACUCGACAUGGGAGCACGAGGGGCGCACCGGGCACUAUGCGCUCACGCAGAUGGAGCCGACGUCCGCGCGGCGUGCGUACCCGGGGUGGGACGAGCCCGCGUACAAGGCGACGUUCCGUGUGCGGCUCUUGCACCGCGCGGCCACGACGGCCGUGGCGAACAUGCCGAGUGCGUGGGACCGCGCCGUGCACGCCCACGAGAGUGCCGCGCUCUUCCAGACGCACCGGCUGCAGAUGGCGGCGCCGGCGCUCGGCGCGGACGCGUGGACGCUGACGGAGUUUGAAGAGACGCCGGUCAUGGCGCCGUACCUCGUGGCGUGGGCCAACGGCGAGUUCCGCCAUGUGGCCGGCCAGACCACGUCGCCGCUCACGGGGCGCACGAUCCCCCUGCGCCUCUUUGCGACGCCCGAGUCGGUCGAGCAGGCGCACUUCGCCGUCGAAGUGAUGCGACGUGUGCUGCCCGCGUACGAGGAGGUGUUUGGCAUUGCGUACCCCCUGCCGAAGCUCGACGCGCUCGUGGCGGCCGACUUUGACUUUGGCGCGAUGGAGAACUGGGGCCUGAUCACCGGGCGCCACUCGGCGUUCCUGUACGAUGAGCGCUCGGGCCUCCGGGGGCGCAUGGCGACGGCCGGGAUCAUGAGCCAUGAGAUCGCGCACAUGUGGUUCGGCAACAUCGCGACGCUCGCGUGGUGGGACAGCCUGUGGCUCAACGAGGCGUUCGCGACGCUCAUGGGCGAGCUGAUCGUCCUCGACCGCGUGUACCCCGAGCUGGGCAGCUCGCACGAGUUCCUUGUCGCGCAGUGGAUCCGCGCGAUGGACCUCGAUGCGAAGCGCUCGUCGCACCAGAUCGAGGUGCCGCUCCAGGGCGACCAUGUGGAACAGGAGAUUACGCAGCUGUUCGACGGGAUCACCUACUCCAAGGGCGCCGCCGUCCUGCGCAUGCUCGCGCAGAUGCUCGGCGAGGACGUGUUCCUCGAGGGCGUCACGCUGUACCUCAAGGCACACCUCUAUGGCAGCACCGUGACGGACGACCUCUGGCGCGGCCUCGCGGCAGCCUCGGGCGUCGAUGUUGCACGCGUCAUGCGCGCCUGGGUGCAGCAGCAGGGCUUCCCCGUCCUGUUCGUCACCGAGAGCGCGCAGGGCAUCCGCGUGCGCCAGCACCGCUGCCUCGAGACGGGCGAUCCGACCGACGCGGAGGAUGCGACGCUCUGGCACGUGCCUCUCGCGCUGCGCACCGCCGACGGCCGCGUCGACCAGACGUACGUACUGCAGGGCGUGCGCGAGGCGGCCUAUCCACUGCCGCACGCGCAGACGACGCCCUGGAAGCUCAAUGCCGAUACCAUGGGCGUGUACCGCGUGGCGUACACGCCCGAGCACCUCGCUGUGCUGGCGAGGGCCGCGGCCCAGCGCGACAGUGUCUUUACGGCAGAAGACCGCCUCGGCCUGCUGAACGAUGCGUUUACGCUGGCGCAGGCCGGCUACACGAACACGUCGGCCGCACUGGACCUCCUGCACACGUGGAAGGACGAGCGCAGCCCGCUCGUGCUCCAGGCCGCCGCCCUGGGCCUUGGCCGCCUCGCGAGUGUGUGGUGGGAGCAGCCGCGCCGGGUGCGCGCGGCGGUGGACCGUGUGCGCCAGGCGACGUUUGCGCCGCUCGCGCGGGCACUGACGCUCGAGCCGGGGCCGGAGGACACACUCGCCACGCGCGAGCUGCGCACGACGGUCGUCGCGGCCGCUGCCGCCGCGGGCGAUGCGUGGACGCUGCAGGAGAUCCAGCGCCAGUUCGCGUCGCUGCAGCGCGGUGAGGACCACCGGCUGGAGCCGGACCUGCUGCGCACCGUGCUGAUCGAGAGCGUGCGCCACGGCGGCGAGAGCGAGUAUGCGGCGGCGCUGCGCAUGUACCACGCGCCGGCCACGCCCGCCCACCGAACCGCCGCGCUGCUCGCACUCGGCUCGGCGCAGCAGCCGGCCCUGAUCGAGCGCACGCUCGCGAUGGUCUUUGGCGGCCAGGUCAAGAUGCAGGAUAUGGCGUCAAUUUAUACGGCGCUCUCGGCCAACACCGCGAGUCGCCGCCGGCUGUGGGAGGCGACGAAGGAGCGCUUUGACGAACUGGCCGCGAGGCUCCAGGGCAACUUUUCUCUCAUGGGCAUCGUCAAGGCAGCGAUCAGUGGCCUCACGAGCGACAGCGACAGGGAGGACAUUGAGCGCUUCUUUGCGGGCCGCGCGACGUCCUCGUACAGCAUGAGCCUCGCGCAGGGCCUCGAGUCGGUCGUCGCGCAGACCCGCUGGCUCGAGCGCGGCGGGCCGGAUGUGGAGAUCUGGCUGCAGACGCACGGCUAUCUGUAG